AUGGAGAAGAAGAAGAUGGUGAUAUUACUGGCCGUAGUUCUGUUAAUACUCUCCGCCAAUAUUAACGGCGUUAAGUCCGACGCCUUCGACUGCUACGAUGCUUGUUCUACGGCCUGCGUUAACCCCGACACUAGGGUUAUGGCUCGCUGCGAUCGCAAGUGCCAGAUAAGGAAAAAUAGGCCGAAAUUGACCAAGAAGAUUGCCUUGCAAGCGUUUGUUUCUGCAUUGUUUGGGGGAUCAAUGGCUCAAAACUUAUAUGCAGAGAGCUUAGUGUUAACCUCAGCCACAUUUGUUGCUGCUAUGACUAAUCUCAUUCCUGCAAUCACUUUUAUUCUCGCAAUAUUCUUUAGGAUGGAGAGAGUGGGAUUAAAGACGAUGGCAGGAAAAGCUAAAGUGGUGGGAACAACGAUGUGCAUUGGUGGCGCGAUGCUGUUGACUUUUUUCAAGGGGUGUGAAGUCAACAUCUGGUCAACGCACUUUGACCUCCUGCACAAACACCAACACCCAGGCGGACACGUGGCGGCAGCACAACGCAAGCCUAUUAAUAACGUGUUGGGACCUUUGCUUGCACUCGUUUGUUGCCUCUCCGCAUCAAUUUCCUUGAUUAUUCAGGCUAAAAUGAGUGAGGAAUACCCAUGCCAUUAUUCAAGCACUGCAUUAAUAUCUGUAAUGGGAUCUUUUCAAGCUGUUGUUUUUGCUCUUUUUACUGAAAAGGAUUUUAGCCAAUGGAAACUUGGCUGGAACCUCAGACUUCUUACAGUUGCUUAUAUGGGAAUUGUGGCAUCGGGACUGAUGUGGGCAUUCAUCAUGUCAUGCGUAAGGAUGAGGGGCCCGUUGUUCGUUUCGGUUUUUAAUCCACUUUUGCUUGUGCUCGUCGCACUUGCGGGCUCGUUGCUUCUCAACGAGAAAUUACACUUAGGAAGUGUUAUAGGAGCUGCAAUAAUAAUAUGUGGAUUGUACACAGUUUUGUGGGGGAAAAGCAAAGAAGUGAAGAAGAUCACUCGGCUUGUUCCGACGAAAAGUUUUGCUAAUACUACUACGGAAGACCAAACAGAUAUUCGUCGAGAAAACGAAGAAAUUGAUGCCACGUCGUCGGAAAUUGGCGUCAAAGGUCUUAAUAAUAGUAACGGUGGCGACGUAGUUAACGUCAUGUCGGUGACUCCAAAUUUCUUCCCGGAUUUCGAAAUAUUAGAAGUUUUUGACGAAGAAGAAGAAGAACAAGAUUUAGAAGCUUCUAAAGUUCCCAAAACUGAAAUCAAACCCUAA